UUGUCACUAUCAAAACCUAAAAAUUAUAUUGAGAUUUGCCAAAAAUACGAAAUUGAAGAUCCAUACAUCUGGAAUGAAGCUCUUCAGAAGGCUACAGAGUCAAAUGAUAAGGAGAGCUGUAGGAAUGUUGUCAGAUACGUUUUGGAACAAAAUAAAAUUCGAUUAAACGAAUUUCUUCCAAUAGUUAAAGGUUUGAAGUCAUGCUGCACUCUAGACAUGUUCAUUGACUUAACUGUUGACAAUUUCCAGAAGUUACAAGACGAAAUCGAUGAAAAAACCGUUAAAUUAGAAAAGAUUUCGGAAGAUGUGCAAAACUCAUAUAAUAAGUCAGUUAAGAUCGACACAGAACCAACUCUCUACAGGAAAGGCUUCCACUGCAGCUUCUGUAAAGAGAAAAUCACUUAUCCAGCGAAAUUCUUUAAAUGCGGCCAUGUUUUCCACGUCCAUUGCCUUGGAGAUGAAACGGAAUUCUGCAUGAAGUGCCGUGAGGAGAAUGAGAUGAUGGCAGCGCGUAAGAUUGACGAGUUAAAGGAAAGAGAACAACAAACAGUUUUACUUCCAAUGAUGAGAAAUUCUGAAGACGGAAUUUCGAUUUUGGAAAGUGUUUUGAGGACAGGAAUCAUGACUAACGAACCUUCAAUGGAAGAAGAGAAGGAAAUACAUGACUUCUUCCAGAGUUUUAGUAACGCAGAAGAGGAUUAA